UGGCGCCUCGAUGCUGCGCUCACUGAGCCAGUGUUUGGAGCCGGCUAGGGAGAUCCAGUAAGGGCAGACACAAAAAGGCAAAAAAAACAUGGUGAACACGAGGAAAAGCUCUCGGCCUCGGACUGGCCCCUUCAUCUCCUCGAGGACUCGGUCGUCGUCGAGAAACGAGCGAAACUCUGAGGAGCAUAAGGAGCCCAGUAGUGAUGUGAGCAGUCCCAGCAGCCCACGGUUGGCUCCCCCUUCUAAGCGGACGCGGCGGCAAACUGCCUCCGAGCCAAGCUCCAGCGAUACCUCACCGUCCCCCCAGACCAAGGGCCAGAGGGUCAGCUGGGACAUCCCCACCUACCGCACCAGGUUAUCCUCUCGCAUAAUGCAAAAUGGGCACGCCCAUAUGAGUCACCGGAGUGAUGAGAGUGGAGGGGGAGAUCACUCUCACAUGAAUGGCCAUGUGGAGCUGAAGAGGAGCUGCCGCGUGAAGAAGAGCCAGUUUGAACACCUCAAUCAGAGCCUGCUGUUUGACCAGCUGGUCAACAGCACUGCCGAGGCUGUCCUUCAGGAGAUGGACAACAUCAGCAGCAUCAGGCAGAACCGUGAGGUGGAGCGUCUUCGCAUGUGGACCGGAGACACUGAGGAGGAAAACAUGGACAUGUACUCCCGGGUGAAGCGCAGGAAAUCCAUGCGCAGGAGCACUUUCAGCAUGCCUACACACCACAAAGUCAUGAGCAAAACUGAGCAGGAGGAUGAAGAGGAGGAAGGGACGGAAGACUCUCACGGUGAGGAAGAGGAGGAGGACGCAGAAGACGAAGAUGAUGAAGGAGAUGAAGCAGAGGAGGCAGGAGAGGAAAAUGACAGACCGUACAACCUGAGGCAGCGAAAGACGGUGCAGAGAUAUGAGGCACCACCUAUUGAGCCCGUGAACAGAAAACAGAGCAACCCCUCACUUUUUGACACUCACAGAUCCCCAGCGAGAAGAAGCCAUAUAAGAGUGAAGAAACACGCCAUUCACAGUAGUGACACCACCUCGUCUUCAGAUGAAGAGCGGUUUGAGAGGAGGAAAAGCAAAAGCAUGACUCGGGCCAGGAACAGAUGUUUGCCCAUGAACCUGACAGCAGAAGACCUGGCCAGUGGGGUGCUGCGUGAUCGGGCGAAAGUGGGCGCCAGCUUGGCUGAUGUGGAUCCCAUGAACCUCGAUAGCUCAGUGAAGUUUGACAACGUGGGCGGCCUCAGUAAUCACAUUCAGUCACUGAAGGAGAUGGUGGUGUUCCCACUGCUUUACCCCGAAAUCUUUGAGAAGUUUAAGAUUCAGCCUCCCAGAGGGUGUUUGUUCUACGGCCCUCCGGGGACAGGAAAGACCCUGGUAGCUCGGGCGCUUGCCAACGAGUGUAGCCAGGGAGACAGGAAAGUUUCCUUCUUCAUGAGAAAAGGAGCCGACUGCCUCAGCAAGUGGGUCGGGGAAUCAGAGCGCCAGCUACGCCUGCUCUUUGACCAGGCUUACCUGAUGAGGCCAUCGAUAAUUUUCUUUGAUGAGAUUGAUGGUUUGGCUCCUGUUCGCUCCAGCAGGCAAGACCAGAUACACAGUUCUAUUGUGUCCACCCUGCUGGCCUUGAUGGACGGCUUGGACAGUCGUGGGGAGAUAGUGGUCAUUGGUGCUACAAACAGACUUGACUCUAUCGACCCGGCACUCAGGAGGCCUGGACGCUUCGACCGGGAGUUUCUGUUCAACCUGCCCGGCAAGAAGGCCAGAAAGCACAUCUUGGAGAUUCACACGCGGGACUGGAAUCCCAAAUUGGCUGAGCCAUUUAUAGAGGAACUUGCAGAAAAAUGUGUCGGCUACUGCGGCGCUGACAUCAAAGCACUUUGCACAGAGGCAGCCUUGGUGGCGUUGCGCCGGCGCUACCCCCAGAUCUACGGCAGCAGCGUCAAACUGAGGCUGGAUGUCACCUCCAUCGUCCUGGGGCCCGGCGACUUCACAAAGGCCAUGAGGACAAUCGUCCCAGCCUCCCAGAGGGCCCUGGCUCCCCCUGGCCGGGCCCUGUCCCCCACCCUCAGGCCCCUGCUGGCCAGCUCUUUCUCCUUGGUGCUGAAAGCCCUGCUCCGAGUCUUCCCCCACGCUCAGUGUACUGACAGGGACAACACACACGGCGGUGACAAUCAACUGCUCGAAGAGGACUUGUACAGCGACGAUGACAAUGAGGAGCGCUCCGCUUCCAUCUAUGAAGUCCAGCCUGCUGCAUCCCCAAAGAGUCAGCUCUCCUCUUCUGCAACGCACAGACCCUUCCUCCACUUCUCCUCCUCCGCCCUCCAGCAGCCCACAGCGUACCGGCCCCGUCUGAUGCUGGCGGGGGCCCCGGGCUCAGGACAGAGCUCCCACUUGGCCCCCGCCUUGCUGCACCACCUGGACAAGCUGCCAGUGCACCGCCUGGAUUUGCCCACUCUCUACUCCGUCAGCGCUAAGACGCCAGAGGAGUCCUGUGCUCAGGUUUUUCGCGAGGCCCGGCGGAGCGUGCCCAGUGUGGUGUUCAUGCCACAUAUCUCAGAGUGGUGGGAGACAGUGAGUGACACUGUGAAGAGCACCUUCCUCACCCUGCUGCAGGAUGUGCCCUCUUUCAGCCCGGUCCUUAUCCUCGCCACGGCUGAGACUCACUACUCACAGCUGUCAGACGAGGUGAGGAGUAUGUUUCAGAGGAGCUACGGGGAGGUGGUGACGCUGUGCCCUCCAGGAGAAGAGGACCGGAGGAACUUUUUCUCUGACCUGUUGUUGGUCCAAGCGGCCAGGGCGCCGCCUCGCCUCAGGAACACAGGUGAGAGGUGUGCAGAGGUGCUGCCGGUGGCCGAGGCUCCAGGCCCCCGAGUCUUGUCAGCAGAGGAAGAGCGCCGCCUGGCUGAGCAGGAGGAGAACACACUACGGGAGCUCCGGCUCUUUCUCAGGGAUGUUACCAAGCGCCUGGCCACUGACAAACGCUUCAACAUCUUCAGCAAGCCAGUUGACAUUGAGGAGGUGUCAGACUACCUGGAGGUUAUUCGGCAGCCGAUGGACCUGUCCACCAUCAUGACCAAGAUCGACACCCACCAGUACCUGACAGUGAAGGACUUCCUGGUGGACAUCGAUCUCAUCUGCAGCAACGCUCUAGAAUACAAUCCUGACAAGGAUCCUGGAGAUAAGGUGAUCAGGCACCGAGCAUGCAGUUUAAAGGACACGGCUCAUGCUAUUUUUGCAUCCGAGCUGGACCCCGAGUUCGACCGCAUGUGUGAAGAGAUCAAGGAGGCGCGCAGGAAGAGGGACUUCCAGACGCCAGCUCAGCCGAUGCCGCCGACGGGCGCUGUGGCAACCAGGAGGCAUCACACUGCAGGAGAGGAGCAGGCGAGGAGCAGCACUCAGGGCGAGGCCACUUACAAACAGUGCACCACUAAUCACAUAAAGCGGAAGAUUCGCCGGCGGCCAUCUUGGGGGCGGGGCAUCAUCCGAAAGAAGAAGAGCUACAAGAAGGAAACAGAAGAGGAGGAGGAGGAGCCCGAGGCGGAGGCAGAGGCGGAGGCUGCAGGGCCCAGUGACUCAUGUUUGACGCAGGAUGAGGAAUCGUCCUGUGACACCAUGGGUCCGCAGCCCAACGGCCACCAUCCCCACGCCCCCUCCACGGAGGAGGAGAGCUCCAACGAGCCCCCCGUCGCAGCUCUGGCCGAACCUCCUGAUGCCAGCGAAGCCCAAAAAGAGCCAGCACCUAAGGAGGAGGAGCCCCCAGCCAAAGAGGCCGAGGACACGGAGAAACACACUGCGCUGCUCUGCCCCGGCGGCUCCUCUCAGCCGCAGGCAGACGUGGAGGUCCAGGCCAAGCACGCUGACGACUUCCGGCCUUCGAUUGAGAUGUCCGAGUCUUCAGACGCCGAGGUCCAGCCGACGCACACAGAGGGUCUCCUCGUAUCACAGGCGGAGUGUGUGAAUGGAAACGAGUCGAUGGACAGCCUCGACUUGCAGAGCCUCAAGAGGAGCGGUGAGGCGGAAAAAAGGACUCCUCUGAGCGCGGCCGAGGGCUCGAAUGAACCCCAACAGGAAGAGCACAAAGACAAAAAUGAGAGCAAUCCAACUCAGGAGCACCCUCCCCAGGAUGGGAGUGCAGUAACGGAAAACGCAGAGGAAGAUCACGACACAGAAGGGGGGUCCACAGAGAGGACAUGCGAGGCGAGCCCGUCGGAGCAGCUGAAGGGAUCUGCAGAGAGGACGGAGGAAGAGCCACAACCAGUCCCUCCCCAUCCUCCCUUAGUGGUUGACCACCAACGACUUUCGGCUGUCCUGGACACGGUGGUGAAGAAGAGUGGAGGCUACAGCGUGGAGCAGCUGGAGAGACUGUACUCGUGUCUCAGCCAGUGUAUCUACCAGCACCGCAGAGAGUACGACAAGACCCAGCUACUGGAGGAGAUGGAGGAGAGAAUCCAGCAUUUUGAUACAUUCCUGUGAGACGGAGAGAAUACCGAAUCAGGUAGAUCCUGAACAGCCUGGGACCACAAAGACACACACAGACUGAGUGAGAGAUGAAACACACACACAGAAAAUCCAGCGCCCUCUUCUCGCUGGGUUCGGGGGACGCAACGAGGACGACGUUGAGGACAUUCAAUGGUGCUAUCGUCUCAGGAAAACCUGGCCAGAUCCAGACCCAUUCUACACAACCAAACUCCUGGAGGUGUGUCAGCCACACACACGCACGCACACACACCGACGGUGACGGGGCUGCCCUGGUGCUACUCGGGUGCUAUCCAAACUUUCAUCCAUGCUGCUCUUGGAAUUCUUAACUUGGAUGACUAGCAAAACCAACAGAUCGGGCGAUGUCAUAUCACGAAACCUGCAAGCCGUGCAUAAUACACACACUCACCUGAACCUUGGGGAUGCAUGUGUCUGCACACACACACACACACACACACACACACACACACACACACUUCUGCACACACACACACACACACACACACACAGAUCACCACCAGCAGAAGUGUGAAUGCAGAGUGCCGCGAGGAGAUGAGGACAGAUAAUGUUCUGAAUCACUGAACCACGUUGCUGAGCCCCCCCCCCACCCCCCCCACCCCCCUCGAGUGAAACGCUUCGUCAUCGGCCGGUCGUUAACCACGCUAUUAUGCGGCUCAUUUUUUUUCUGCCGUUUUAGCUACUUGAUUAAUUCAAUAUCUGAGCCGCCGUCAAGGAUACUCACCCAGAACAAUAGUUUACAAAGAAGUUUUCAGUGUGAGCGGAAAACUCGACGAGGUUAGCACAGCAGGACUCGAGCUGAUUAUGUCCUCGUCGUCGCAGCGGCCGCCGGCGGUUCGAGAGCCCCCUCAGCGGUCGUUACCGGUGAACGAGCUCGUAGGUCAGCUGUACAACCACUCCGCUGAUAGACCACCUCUGGUGCUCGCAGUCUCAGCAGACUGUCGUGUCCUAAGUAGUCUGCGUGGUAGCUGAAACCCCCCCCCCUCCGCUCAUUCUGCGCCCGCCAGUUGAUUUUCCUUGCGACACCCGGCUGAGGAACUGGAAGCAGUAGAAAUUGGAAAUGUGUCAAAGAGUUUGCACUGCCUAGCGUGUGCCUUAUUUAAAAACCUCACAUCCAACUCUGAUAUAUUCAGCAGGAUUUUUUUCUUUACUACGUGUGAAAAAGCUUGACGUUAAAGGGGGGGCGGGUCCGAAACCACUGAGGUCGCUGCGACCUUGAAGCAAAAAUAUGAAUAUAUAGACAUUUAAAUGCCAUUAGGCCGUUUCAGAAACAUAUCUAGGUUAUACAUCUUCAACCAGAGCUAAAAAAACAUUUGAAAAUCUGAGGACUACAAAAAGUACGGCAGCAAAAAAGAGACAAAAUUAUUUUUAUUCUUGCAGCCACUGAAUAUUAAAUAAAAAUUUAAACACCAGGUAAUUCAUAGCAUUAACAUGUGUUACUCUUAAAACCAUGUAUCUGAAUUUAUUUAUUCCUAA